UCACUUCAAGUGACAUCCAAAUGAAGCAACACCUUACCAGUGAAAAACCCCUCCAUGAAAUUUGUACACUUUCAGUUUGGCAGCACCAACCACUGCCUGACUUCCUCCCUCCAGUCAACACAGACACUACAAGCUGCUCUUAAAUCUUCUGCUUUAUUUUACCCAUUCCUUGAAGGUUUGUGUGCAUCAGGUGGUGAUCAGAAAAAUGGCUUCUGUAGAAAGAUCAAAGAAGAAAUCCCAGAUAUGGAAGAAAGGCAUGAUUCAUUUUUCUGUGUGUUUCGCAAUGGGUUUUUUCACAGGCUUGGCUCCUACAGGCAAGUCUUCAACGUUCUCUUCCCCAUCACUUGCUACCUCCAAUAGAGAAUUCGCUCCACAGCCUAUGCCAGUGGGCCACCAGACAGUAAUUAAUGCCAAUACAAGUUCGAUCGCUCCAGAGAAGGAAGGCCAGCCAAUGAUGUCCAGGUUCCCCAAACACAAAAAGAAUCCGCGAGAAAAACCAGAACCCGAGUUGAGACCUCGUAAACCGGUGAUUAUUGUGACCCCGACGAGCAAUAAACUUCGGUUUCAGGGGGUGUAUCUGGGUAAGUUGGCCAACACUAUAAAGCUGGUUCCUCCGCCAUUGUUGUGGAUUGUGGUGGAACCACAAACGGAGUCCACAGAACUGCCGGAGAUACUGAGGACGACUGGCAUCAUGUACAGACAUUUGGUUUCUAAGGAAAACUUCACUGACUUGGAAGCUGAACUCAAUCACCAGAGGAAUCUCGCUCUCAAGCACAUUGAGCAUCACAGGCUGAGUGGGAUCGUCCACUUUGCUGGGCUUUCCAAUGUUUAUGACCUGGAAUUCUUCCACCAACUCAGAGAUAUUGAGGUGUUUGGGACAUGGCCAAUGGCAAUGCUAAGAGCAAAUAGGAAGAAAGUGAAGAUGGAAGGACCUGUGUGCAAUUCUUCACAAGUAAUAGGAUGGCAUCUGAGGAAAAGGAACAAUGAAACGGACAUGUUGAGUUCUCAAAUUCGUAUUUCGAGUUUAGCCUUCAAUAGUUCGAUCCUCUGGGAUCCUGAGAGAUGGGGUCGCGAUUCGCCUGUUCAAGACACCUCUCAGAAUUCAAUAAAGUUCGUGAAGCAAGUAAUUCUGGAAGACGAGUCCAAGUUGAAGGGAAUUCCAGCAGACGAUUGCUCCAAGAUUUUGCUCUGGCGUUUUAAUUUCCAUACCCAACCCACUCUAAAACGUCAAGUUUUGAGAAUUUCAUUAUAAACGAAGGCGGAAGACUAAUAUAACAAUAGAGUAAAUAUAAAGACGAAUACAAAAUUGGGUCGGUCCACAAGUUUAUUUCUCUGCUAUGAGCAAUUUAUUCAAUUUUUUUUUCCAAUUUUACUUUUCGUUCGAUAUUUUAUUGAUAAUUUGAUAUACUGGUAUUGAUUAUCC